AAAAGUGGCAAGUGUGUAUGAGAUUUAAAUAAUUAAAUAUUCGUUAUAAAAACCGCAUAAUUUCUUAUUUUUUUACCAAAUAAAUUCGUGUACUAUAUUGCACCUAGGAUUCGUUACCAUUGUUUUACAAAAUGCUAAUGUGGUGCAGUACCACUGUUUUUUUGCUUUAUUGAACGUAGGUGUACGAUUUAUAUUCUAAUGGAUGAAGGAUGGCACAACAACAAAAUGGGUUUGAAUACGCGCACAAGGAUGAGGAAGUACCAUUCUGGCUCGAAGACAUUACCAAGGAGAUGAAACAAACUCAUAUUAAAAAAAGUAGCAGUGAUUCAUCUCCAACAUUUGAAGAACCUAAGAUUAACAGAUUCAUACGCAGGACAUCAUUGGAUACCUCGUUGGAUGUGCUGACGAAGCCACAAUCUCAUUCAUUGGCUCACUCAGCUGGCACCAUGCGGCAUCAUAACAAAAGUUACCUUCAAAAUGGACGUAGGAAAUACAACAUACGAAAUAAGUUGGACUGGGGUGACACUUCGACUACAGGCUCCAACAACUCCAACGACUUCCUCUCAGACCUAUUACCUCACUAUGUAACACCGCGGCAUCGCAAGAGUAACUUUGAUGAUGAAGACGACUUCCAUGACGUCAUUAUGGGCACAAAGUCUAAGGAAUUUACAAAGAAUUGGAAACAACAACGUUCGAAAGAAAGUAUCCAAAGUCAAAAUAAUAACAUAAACAGAAAAUCCUCAUUAAUACAAGCAAACCCAACAAAGAAGGGGUCCUUGAAUUCUAUUACGAGCAAGACGCACAACGAUAAAUCGAAAAAUGAGUUUGUGAUUCCGGAAUUACCGGAAGGCAGGUUAUUGGAGAUCAAGAUUUAUACCAAUUGGGGUGACAAGUACCUAGUAGGUCUGAACGGUGUGGAAUUAUUUGAUUCGAAUGGGUCACCAGUUGCCAUAGAAAAAGUAUGGACAGAUGCAGACACCGGCGAUCAGUCAAAGCACAGUCGUGCUGAUAACAUUGGCGAUGGCGUCGUGCGAACUCGAGAUGAAAGACACGCUUGGACUGCCCCCACACCUCGAGGCGGAAUUCCAUUGGCUAUUAGUAUUUUACUAACUAGAUGUAGCAACCUUGCUUUGCUUAGGGUUUGGAAUUACAAUAAAUCCCGUAUAUAUUCAUCGCGAGGAGUCCGUUUAGUUCAAAUCAAACUGGACGAUCAGGUUAUUUUUCACGGGGAAAUCGCAAGAGCGAGUGGUGAACUCAACGGGCCUCUAACAUCAUUUGGGGAUACAAUACUCUUCACAAAAGACCCAAAUAUUCUGGAACUGAUAUUAGCGAGUGACACGAAUUUUCAAGCUUUGCUAAAGGAUAACCAACCAAACGAAUCCAUAAUUGAGAAACGGCCCCUAACUGCAAACGAUAGCAAUCACAAUAUCAGUCCAAUCGGGCUGCUGGAAGGUGACAAUGAAGAGAAAGAAACCAAGUACAUCGCGAAGGUUGUAAAGAUCACAGCAAUGUCCAAUUGGGGUCAGAGACAUUUGAUUGGACUAACAGGCAUUGAAAUCCUCUGCUACAAUAAACCAGUGAAAAUUCACCGUGCAUACGCGUAUCUGUCGUUUAUAUCGGACGAAGAGUCUUCACCGCACGAACAGGGGCCUCUGAUUGAGUGUAAGAAUCUAUUCAAUGGACGAAAUAUCUCCACAGAGUUUAAGGACAUGUGGUGUACUAACUUUUCACCAGAACAAUUCUGCCACAUUGUCAUGGAGUUGAUAGAACCUAAUGAGAUUACAAGCAUUCGCAUCUGGAACUACAACGCCAAUAUGGAGCUAUCGUACAUAGGCGUUAAACACAUCCGCAUUUAUUUGGACGGUGUAGCAUUGCACUACCGCCCUGUGCUGCUCCGCCGAGCUCCUGGAGACACUUGCUACGACUACGUUCAUCAGAUUGACAUUGCUUCUAUCGACGACCGGUUGGAAGACGCGAAUGAUUCAGAUAGCUUCCGUAUGGACUGCCUGGUGUACGGGACAAGUGUGGACAUGGGCGCACCCACUGGCUUCGUGCUGCAGAUCAGCAUUUUCUCCACGUGGGGUGACCCGUACUACGUGGGCUUAACUGGAGUUGAGCUCUACGACCCGCAUGGGAAUAUGAUACAGCUUACUGAAACGAACGUGUGUGCGCACCCGGCUAGCGUGAACGUGCUGGAGCCUCUUGCGCAGGACGUGCGUACGCCCGACAAGCUCAUCGACGGCGUCAAUGCACGCGUUGGUGACGGCGCACACUCCUGGCUCACGCCCGUGUUGCCUGACACUCUCAACAGGGUAUUUUUUGUAUUUGAUGUACCAGUGUCCGUCUACGGUAUGAAGAUUUGGAACUAUGGUAAAACACCUAAUAGAGGUGUCAAAGAGUUCGGAGUUCUAAUGGACGACUUGUUGAUAUACAACGGAACACUGGAUUGUGCCAAAAAUGAUGAAAACUUGACGUCACAAUGGAUCUGUUUGCAUAACGUCGAUGUAGAAAAUUUAAGUCCGAGCCCAUCAGAUCUGAGUCAGCGCACGACGACAAGCGGGUCGCAGGCGUCGGCAGAUCCCAGCGCCCGCCCUUACACCAGCGUCAAGACCAUUCGACAAUAUCACAAACACCGUCACUGACCGCUGAUAUUUUCACGCGCUGGUGUAGAAGCGAAGUUGGUUGAUUCUUUGUCAUUUGUACGAAAAUAUCUUUUAGGUAUAAGUCAUUUCCUAAUAAGAGGUUCAAAUAAUCCCGAGUGGUGUACGCAAGCUGAAAGACGCGUUGUAGGACGUCUAGUUGUAAGCAGGUCGAUGAAAAGAAAGCCGUUAAAGGUGAGUUAAGGGUAAUCCUUAUGUUCCCUUGAAGUUGCCCCGUGACGGAGCUUUUGGAUUUUUUUCGUCCAAUAGUCUCCUCAGUACAUGAGUGCUGGGAUUUUUAUCUUAAAAUCUCCUCAGACAGAUAAACAACCGUUUUAAAUAUUAUAUGCCCUUAGGUUUGGCAUUACUGUCGCCAACUUGAUUUAGGCGUAUUUCAAAAGAAAACACAAAACUCGGCAUGUAAUAUCCCUACCCUAUAGGUAUAAAUAAUAUAUUACACAUAUACAUGUAUCUGUGCACGUACAUGGCGCAAAAUACCAUCAUUCUCGCACUGGUCUUCAGAAAUAUAAACAAAAGGGCUAUUUCUCAAUCGAUAAUAUUUUCAAUAUUUUAUAAGCAAAUACCGGUUCGCAUGUUGUAGGGCCUUAAGACUUACGGCGAGAAGUCUCUGCGACAAGACUUCUCAGGAACAUUCGGUACUCACUCACUCAGGAUAUAUCUCACUUACGUUCUCAUCCCUAUUCAAUAUGGAUGGCCGCUGCUUUGGUAUUAUGUAUAUUAGCUUACUAUAAUCUUGUGAAUAAUGUUACUAGGGAAAAUAAGCUCCUGGUGGACAACACAAAUUAAUGGUUUAACUCAUUUUUCACAUCGUACUGAGACCGAGCAAGAAUAUGAUAUCGUUCUCUUUCUCGCCCGAGAAACCCUUUGAAGCGGGCAAAAAUACCUUCAAUGAUCGGAUAAUAGACGAGCGCGAAAACGAAACGGUGAAAAAACCACUCACUUUUACGGCUCUCGGGUGUUUCUCUCCGAGACUCUGAAUGGAGCCUUACGGUCCUCCAAGCCAACAGACAGUCGGCAGCCGCUCUUUUUUUUUUUUUAAUAAAGCAGUAUGAGGGUGUUCAUACGUUCCGCGUUUCGACUCGACGUCGACUUCCCAACGAAUGCGAGUCCUGAUGAAAAAUGUAUCGUUCAAAAAAUCUAACAAUUCUCACAUGCUAAAUGGGGAAAUUGAUAAACUGUCGACCGUUUUCUUCGAGUCUGUCAAAUAGACCAAUGUAUGCGACGAGUACGCCAAGGGUUCCAGCACGUGACAACUUCAACGGAAUUAGACCAAACAAAGACAGUUACUGUCGUUAUUGUACGACAUAUUUCGGCAGUAACGAGGAAAUUGCUGAAUGAAUAUGUCCUAUCCCUUACGUUAACAAAGUCACUUUAAUUAAUAUAUUACUAUUAGUAGAAAGUAAAUCGUACAAAUGAUGAAGUUCCCUCGUGUGAAGUGCAAGAACGAACGUAUUUAGAACCUAUUUCGUAGGAUAACGAUACGUUGAAUAAUGCAAUAGCAGCAAAACAAAUAUGUGGACAAAUUCAAUGUAAUCGCGUCUUAAUAAUAAUUUGAAAGUUAAGGGAAAAGUUACCCAAUGUAUGCGUGUAUUAUUAAUUUAUUACAUAAAUGUUAUUUAUUUACUAAUAAAUUAACAAUGUAAUAUUUAUAGUGAAAGCUGUACCCCAAAGCAGAUAUAAUAACUUAUUUAUGUCCGUUGUAAUGUUAACCUCCCAAGACCCAGCAAACUACAUUUGAAGCGCUAAUCGCCCAAGAAUGUACUUUAUUUUAUAACAUUAAAAUGUUCUAAAUAUAAUUACAUACUUAGGCCCAGGCAAGUGUGCCCUCAGCUCAGUUUAGAAUGAAAAACAUUUUUAUAGAUAAUCUAUGGUCAUAUUAUAUAGAAUAUAUAGCGCUUGAAUAUUGUCUGGAUCUGACAUCACUUCACAUAUUACAUAUGUGCAUUUUGUGCAAGGGGCCUGAGAAGAGUGAAGAAAGAAAUUGAAAGUGAUUUAAUAUAAUUGUAAUUAGGAAUUGAUUACUUCAUGUAUUUAUUGAUUGCCUCAAUUGUUCGAAAGAGAAACUAAUUUCUUAAUUAAUUAAAUUUUCUAGAAUAUUUUCGCAGGUGGUAGUAAAAUGCUAUCGUAGACUGCACAAAGCCAAAAAUUGUACACUUUGCGGAGCCACAUUUGUCUUAGCAAGAUUAAAUUAUGUCAUAGAAUCAAUGUUAGAUAUCGUUAAUGUAAACGUCACGCCGAAAGAAUAUAAUCCAUUUGAUUUUGUCGAAUGGUGGAGUAAAAAGUGUGAAUGAAAUUUCGGUAGGCGUGGGCGGUAAUAGUAACUGUGUACCAGUAGAAAAUUUGUACCAGAAACAAAUGCAG